AUGACAAAAGAAGAAUACAGCAACAAAAAUGAGAGGAAGAAAGCAUGGCAAGAGAUUACACUGUUGUUUAACAGUGCAGAAGCAACCACUAAAGAAAAAAAUACACUAUGUACGCACCUACAGAAAAAAUGGAAGAGUGUGAAGGAUUGUUACAACAGGGAGAGAAGGAGGUUGAGUAGUGGAAAGAGUGGUUCAGCUGCUAACAGAAAAACACCAUACAUAUACUACCACAUGUUGUCAUUCUUGAAUUCCAACAACCCACCAACCAAUACCCAUUCCAAUGUGCCAAAUCCUCCAGAUGAAGAUGACAUCGAUCUUGAAAAUACCCAAUUGGACCAGGGACCAGAAUCUGAAACACCUACUGCAACUACAGCGACGGCAGAGCCAUAUGCAACACGGGGCGAAGCAUGA